AUGGAUGUCAGCGACUGGCUUCGCCCGAAGAAGCUCAGUGCGAAUGCCCCCACUCUGGAGCACUACACCACGACACUGGACGCCGACACUGGUGCCGCCGCUGGCUCGACGGCGAACACCAAUCUUCCACUUAGCAAGGGGCAGCGCUUUAUUAUUGGUCUUGGAAUCGGCGGAAUGGCCAUCUUCAUCAUUCGAGCUACGUAUCACAGUACCCGUUCAGGGCCGCCUCAAAUCUUAUGGACCACUCCACAGGUGGUAAUGAAGAAAAAGGAGAAGCAUCAACCUUUACUGGAUAAUGCCGAGAAUGUUUGUGGCACGAGGCCCACUCUCGUGUUAGUAAACUUCCCCGGAGAAAUGCGGGGACAGCUCGAGCACUCACUGCGUCCACUGAUCAAUGACACAGAAUUGGAGCUGCUUUAUGCGCCUGUUGUUUUCUUCCAUGAUACGAUGGAGGUUACGCCUGGAAACAUCGAGGCUGUUGUUCGCCAAGAGGUUCUUGCAGCAUUCAGUGAUUUGGGGGGUGACACUCCUUGUGCAGUGUAUCGCUCAGCCCUUGUUGUGGAUGGUGAAGCUCCAAAUAUCUUUUGGACCCCCAAAGAGGCCAUGAAGGCUUCACAAGGUCGAGUGUUUCACGAACGGCACUGUAUUGGUUACACCGUGGAUGGUGGGCGGGUGGAAAUCUUGUUGCACGACACGUACGGUACGGUGGGUGCUCCCUUUGAAAGCACACCCAAGGGUAAGUCGGACUUCCCCUCCGACGACGUGGAUGGCGUAAUUCGGUGUUGCUUCUGUGCAUCUACACGCACAUUUGCCAUUGGUAGCGAAGAGGAGUAUGAUACCAUCGGGGACCUUGCGCUGUCUGGUCCAACAAAGCGCAUCGAGGGCCCGUACGCGGCGUCCUUUCGCGUCUUGUGGCUGAGCCCCGUACCGCUUUUCGCGAUGCUUGGCGCUGCUUUGCGGUACAGUCGCGUGGAGUUCGACGGCUGGAGACGGCUCGCGAAGCCGGGCAUUGACGGUAUAUCACCUGCUUGGGUGGUUCGGCAAUUGCGGCGGUUGUUGUGGUGGAGGUCUGGCGAGGUCGAGGUCAAUGCGGACGGGCCGGCGACAGCGGCAGCAUCAGCAUCAGUGGAGCAGCCGCAAGACGAUGAGUUUUUGUUGGAAGUGGAGAUCCUCCAGGAUCCCACGUGCGUACAAGCGUCACACCGCGAUAUGCUGAGGGACGUACUGGCAAAGAACUGGGUGAAAAGUUCAAAGAAUAUCAAAAAUGGGUAUGAAGAAUUGGUGGUGACGGCUGGUCUUCCCACUGGGGCUGGUGCCGUUUUGCGUUGCAGCUUGCGUCCGCGUCUUACUGUAUUUCAGGCGUUGCGAGAGGCAUGGCGACUUGUGGCGCUCGUGUCGUGUUUGAAAUAUGACGUGCGAUGCUUUCGUCUUCUUGUACCAGUGCGGCUCGUUCCACCGUCUACAACGACGGUAGCGAAACCGAUAGCAAGUACCGAGGCAUCGUGGCCACAUGUGCCUUUGUACCCACACUCAAAGGAAGAGGCAGAGUCAUCGUACCCAUCCUUCUACUCUGAUGCGCAGUACUUUUGUCUUGUGGAGGAGUGUGGCCGUGUGGAGGCGGAGGAGGCAUUUCGGCGUAUUCGAGAAGGCGACGUGAAGCAGCUGCACUACGUCGUGGCGGAUUACAUGACGGAUGAACUCAAAAAUUGA